AUGCCAGUGCUGGACGGAUCAGCAGCGGAGUGGGUGGAACACAUCAUGGCGGCCGGCAUCCACCCCGCCACACGGCGUUCCACCCACUCCACCACGGCCGAUGCUUCUGGUGCUGCUGUCACUGUGGAGAGGAGAAGCUGGAACCUGCCUGGAAACCGGCCAAUCACGGUGCAGCAUGGGGAUUCCUUCAUCGCUGCAUUCCCCCGGGCUUCUCCGCUUCUCACCUACGGCAUUGACUUUCCACAUGUCCCUGCGAUUGGGCGGCAGUGGGUGUCGUGGGAGCCGUGCCGCUCACAGCAACCAGCGCAACGGGGAGCGGCAGAUCAACACCAAGGCGCAGGAGAGGAACCAGGUGGAGCAGCAGCGCGGCCAGUGGGGACAGCAGUGCAGGGGGAGCAUGGGGAGCAUGGGGAGCAUGGGGAGCAGGGUCAGGAGUGUGGUGACUAUGUGUCGGGCAUUGCGCCUGCGCGCACCUUCUGCAUCCUGGAACAGGUGGAGCAGAUGCGAGCAGCGGGGCUCAUCAAGGGCGGCUCACUCGACAGUGCCCUCGUGUGCAGCCAAACGCGAGGGUGGGUGAACCCACCAUUGAGACUGCCUCUGGAGCCGUGUCGGCACAAGCUGCUGGAUCUCAUAGGGGACCUGGCGCUCUGUGCCAGGGGGGGCAACGCCGGCAUUCCCAACGCGCACAUAGUGGCCUAUAAAGCUAGCCAUGCCCUGCACGUGGCGUUCGGUAAGGCACUUAUGGGUGCGCUGGAGGCAGAGGCAAAGGGGCAUGGAGAGGCUGGGUAG